AGAAACACCUUUACCACAGCGUUUGUGAAGAACCUGAUUGUUGUUCUGUUGUGGCUCAUCCUCAGUUACAUCCACAGCACCUUGGUUUCCACGUUUUUCAGACACCAGACCUUUUACGAAGACCCUCGUUAUAUCCUCUUCAUCCACAUGGUGAUAAACGACGCCAUCCAGCUGACCGUCACCGUCACACUUUUUGUUUCAAGUUACAUCUUCUACAAGAUCAACGUCUCUUUAUGCUGCCUCCUCUUGCUGCUGGCCGUUUUCACCACCAGGAGCACCCCGGUCAACUUAGCUAGCAUGGCCAUUGAGCGCUACAUUGCCAUUUGCAAACCUUUGCGCCACUCGCAAAUCUGCACAGUGAGAAGAACGUACAUGGUCAUCGGGGUGAUUUGGUUUCUGUGCGCGGCUCCAGAUAUCACAGAUCUGUUUGUGAUUCUGGCCACUGAAUCCCUGAGCUUCUUUCAUGGGUCGGUGUCGUGUUUACGCCAGAACCUGUUCAAAGACCCGAUCCUUGUGCAUAAAAGACAUGCGUUUGACAUCAUCUAUUUCUCCCUUGUGUUUCUGACUCUUAUCUUCACCUACUUCCGAAUACUUUUUGCAGCGAGAGCCGUGGCCACAGAGAAGAUGUCGGCGCAGAGAGCCAGGAACACCAUCCUGCUCCACGGCCUCCAGCUGUCCAUGUGCCUGCUCUCCUACAUUUCCCCCAGUGUGCAGCUUCUUCUGAAUCUCAUCUUCCCCGGUCAAAUCCGGGAGAUCAGAUUUGCAAACUAUCUCAUCGUCUACAUCCUGCCGCGUUUCCUGAGCCCAAUCAUUUACGGCGUGAGAGACAAAAAGUUCAGGAAGUACUUCAAGAUGUACCUUUUGAGCAACAGGUGCCGGGAGAAGCUGAAGAAAGUGACACCACAGCACUAA